AUGCAACGACUUAUGGACGAGUUUAUCAAUCUCCAAGACAGACCAGAACCUUAUGUCACUAUAAGCAUAGCAAAUCACUCUUUUUACAACUGAAAAGGAACACUUAACGGCCCAGAUGGACUCCAUACGAAGGUGGAUUAUUCGAGUUCGAAAUUAUAUUUCCCAAAAUUUCAUCCAAAUAUAGAUCUGAUGAACAUGUUUGCUGAGAAUCUUUUCAAAUGCCUGAAACCCAAAAAUACAUUAAAAUGAGUGGCGAUCCAAUCUGGUAUGUAGCCAAGCGACCCAAAACCUUUUAGAAGGGAUAGCAGCGGGCUGGUGGAGUAUAGUUUUGGGCUAGUCCGCUGCAUGCUCAAAUCCAGACUAUUUUUUACUUUAUAGGAAGUUAUUCCUUCGCAAAUGGAAAAGGAAACCCAACAUUGUUUUUUACUAAUCGGGUAAUUUUCUAGCUUGAUGCCAGGUAUUGAGUCCUACGAAGUCUAGCAGCAAGACCAGAAAAUUAGAUUUUUCGAGUUUUCUAGAAUGUGGCUUGAUUGAUAAACUACAUGUGACCUAGCUAUGCAUUCAGCACAACGAUGAAGCCCGAGAGGUCCUACAUUUAUCGUUGGGUUGACCGUCGGAUCUAAAUGGAGAUCGGGAAGAUGACUAAAGACGAAGAGAAUGGAAGAACUCUCUGCUGGCGAGGUGAUGCGGGAGCUUCACAAUUGCCUUAAUCUGAAACCCAAAAGUCCCUGCUAG